AUUUGUCAUUCACAAUUUUACAUCGCCAUGGAUAAGUUCAAAAUCAUAGUUAUAGGAACUCUACUAUUUUGUGGACUAACACAAGUUUGUUGCUAUCAAUUUGAGCCAAGUGGAUCAAGUGUGAGCAAUGAGGAAUACCAAAGGCUAAUGGAGUUGCGUCCUUUUGCUGUCCAGCUCAUACAGCAAUUUGGAAAUAUCACACAAACUGACUUGGAUUUGCGACUUGACAACCGACUUCCCAGUCAGCAGGACCUGCUGUGUCUGGCUGACAUGGCCCAGCUGAAGGGAUUAUCCUCUCGCAGCUAUUGGGCACUCAGAAUGAUUGAUUCGUGGGGAUCGAUUCCAUCUGGAAUACUCUAUGGAAAUUUCUUUGACAUGGGCAACUACGAUGAGUGCAUCAAAACCUAUAAAGCGAUAACAGAUAGUCAUAGCAUAAGAGGGAAAUACUGCUUUGCCAAGAUUUCCUUCCGUGCGACUCUCAAGAUUGCAGUUUGCUUUCCCUCCUCAUGUUCAGCAGAUUUAAUGGAUACCUUUAUAGGGCAAAUUGCAAACAGGUUACUCAAUGUGACUAUAACCAAAAAUAUUGUGGAUGAAGCAACCUGUUCAACGGCUGAAAAGGAACCCUUUGAUGCAGUCACUAUAUUAAUCAUUGUAAUACUGUCAGUUCUGGCUGCUGCUAUGAUUUUAGCCACGCUUUGCGACUAUUUCCUUUGCAGAGAUCAGAGUAAGCUCCCAAUAAUUAUUAAAGCUUUCUCUGCCCGUGCCAAUUCUCGGGCACUCUUUCGUCUCGUCGAACCCAAAUCGAAUCCCAACGUCAUCGAUUGUCUUCAUGGCAUGCGUUGCAUGUCGCUUAUUUGGGUUAUAUUUGGUCAUCAAUAUCUUAUAUCAAUUGCUACUCCCAAAACUAAUUAUGUGAGCCUUAAUAGUUGGUUUCAGACAUUUUUCGCCAACUUUAUAUUACAUGGUUUCUUCUCCGUGGAUACAUUCUUUUUCCUCAGUGGUUUGUUAUUGGUAAUGAUUGCUCUACGGUCCCUGGAAAAAACGAAAGGGAAAAUGAAUAUUCCAAUGAUGUAUUUGCAUCGCUAUUUGCGCCUUACUCCGGUCUUGGGUGUCGCCAUUCCCAUGUACAUGAAACUGCUCCCUUUGAUGAGUGACGGUCCUGUGACUGACAGAAUUAGUUUUGGUGACUUCGACGUUUGCAAACGCACUUGGUACUUGUCAUUACUGUAUGUUCAGAACUAUGCAACUGAAGACAUGUGCCUGGAUCACACCUGGUACCUGGCUGUAGAUAUGCAACUGUAUAUUCUAUCACCAAUAUUCCUUAUCGCUUUAUACAAGUGGGGCAAGAAAGCCGCUGGGGGAAUCUUUGUUUUCAUGCUUCUACUAUCUGGUUGCCUCUUUGCCACAAUGAUGACUAAUAAGUACCAGUUUUACUUAGAAAUGGGAACCAUGAGUGGAGAGGCUCUAACCAAAGUCUACCAUGCUACACACACACAUGCAGCACCUUGGUUAAUCGGACUACUUUGUGGAUAUUUCCUGCAUUUGAAUCGCAACCGGACUUUUAAGCUCAAUCACAUUGUAAUUUGGCUAGGAUGGAUUGUCAGUCUGGCCUUGAUGUUUACCUCAAUAUUUGCACUAUAUCCAGCUACUCAGUCGGGAGCAGCAGCUUUGACCACGCUGGAACAGUCCUUCUACUAUACACUGACUCGAAUCGCGUGGCCCCUUUCCUUGUGCUGGGUGGUAUUUGCCUGUAUGAAAGGAUAUGGAGGAUUGGCUGACAGUUUCCUCUCCUCACCGUUAUGGCAACCACUCUCAAGACUUUCCUACUCUGCCUAUAUCUUUCAUGUCUACAUAGAGCUGGUGAAUGAUAAACGAGUGCGAUCGACAAGUUAUUUAUCGAACUACGAUAUGAUGUUAUCCUUUUGGGGGUCAUUCGGCUUUACUGUGCUGAUGGCUUACGUCAUGUACAUCAUUUUGGAAGGACCCUUUGGUGUACUUGAAGGCAGUUUGAUGCCAAAAUCAAAGUCUAAGCCAAAGCCAGUGAACGUCAAAAAGUUGCCAGUUGCAGAAAUACCAAGAAACACUGCAAACGAGGUCGAGAAGGCGACGCCAACUCCGCUUUAUGAAGAGGGUGCUACUAAACUCUAAUCGAAAAAGUCCCCAUAAGUGAAACCGACCUUGUCUUAAAAAAGAUUAGUUAGAAUAUUUAAAACAUAUCAAGUACUAGACAGCUGAAGUGGCCGAAGAUUGGCCAAAAAUCAAAAUACUCAAUAAAAGCUAAUAAAAGAUAAUUAUACAACUUGAGAACGCCACCUGUUCCACAUUAUCUUCGUGAGAUAGCGUAUAGCAAAUGGUUGAUAGGCGCUACUACGAUUAUUUUGUUAAAAAAAAUAUUACUACGAAAGCGAAAGAGCUAAGCCUUAACAAUACAACUAUUUUGAAAAUGACAAAUCGGAAUAAAU